GAGACACACACACACACUAUCGAGUUUUUGUGGUGCCCUGUGGCUUCUCGAAGUUUCCGAUUGUUUGGUUUGGUACUUUGGUUGAUUAUCGAAGCACUUUCUCUCUUUGGUUACCGUUACUUCAUUCAAUUAUUAAUUUAGGGUAUCAAUCAGAGAAAACAGAACAAUGUAUCCUUGUGGUUACGUUGCUGAAGUCACCAACUUGUCUCCUCGAGCCACUGAGAAAGAUGUUCACACUUUCUUUUCUCAUUGUGGAAUCGUCGAGCUUGUCCAGAUCACCGGGUACCAAGGGGAUGCGUCAACGGCUUAUGUUACCUUCAGAGAUGCGUAUGCUCUCCAUAUGGCUGUGUUGCUUAGCGGAGCUACGAUCGUUGAUCAAACCGUUUCGAUAUCAAUGUAUGGUGUCUAUUUACAUGAACCUAACCAUCUCACACAAGAAGAAGACUAUAGUGUAACGGCGACUCGUUCAGAUGCUUUUGCUUCAUCGCCUGGAGAAGUUAUAACCGUGGCUCAACAAGUUGUAAAGACAAUGAUAGCUAAAGGAUACGUUCUAAGCAAAGACGCCAUCGGUAAAGCCAAAGUGUUGGAUGAGUCUCAGGGAUUCUCAAGCUUGGUAGCGACCAAAUUGGCAGAGAUCAGCCAUUACCUUGGCCUCACACAGAACAUUCAGUCGAGUAUGGAACUCGUGAGAUCAGCCGACGAGAAAUAUCAUUUCUCUGAUUUCACAAAAUCCGCAGUUCUUGUCACAGGAACUGCUGCUGUGGCAGCAGCCACCAUCACAGGUAAAGCGGCUGCGGCUGCAGCGACUAGUGUGGUGAACAGUCGAUACUUUGCUAAUGGGGCUUUAUGGUUCUCAGAUGCUUUGGGCCGGGCUGCAAAAGCUGCGGCCCAUAUGGGUGGAGGAGGAAGCGGUUGACCUUUGGUCUUCGUUUGAAAACAUAAUUAAAUGUGAGGUUAUAACUUUUAAGGGUUGUGACUUGUGACUUGUGAGAUAAAAACAUCAUGAAGAAAGAUAUUAUUAGUAACGUUACAUGUCAUUACGUGUAUGUUUAUGAGAAACUAUAGAGAUACUAUAUGAUAAAAUAUAUAUUUGAAUUAAUUUUAUACA